AUGCUGCAUAGGACUUCAUCAUCGCGACGCCGUAGGGCAUCCAGAAGUGCUGCGACUUCCCCUCAAACUAGAUCACCCAGAGCAUCUGCCCAGCCAUCCAGAAGAGCGUCACUAGCUACCACAGAAACUGAUGAUGAAAUGGAUGCUCCACCACCGGCAAGAAGUCCAAGGGCAAGCUUAGCUCCCGAUGCAGCAUUAGACGCCUACCAUCGCAGCCCAAGACAAUCAUUAGUCCCACAAGAUGUAAGAUCGGCUAGAAAUUCCAUUACCCCAGACGCAGCACAGCACAUGAGAAAUACACUCGCUCCAAACAGAAACAAUUUAGGCGUCGAAUUAGCAUACGGAUCAAGAUUAAGUCUGAACCCACAAGACUUUAAUAGGAGUCCAAGAAACAGUAUUACUCCAGAUGUAACAGCAAGGAGUCCAAGAAGAAGUUUAGUGCCUGAAGGAACGUCGUGGAAUCAGCCUAGGAAUUCGUUAGUGCCAGAAGUUGGGAGAAGCCCAAGGCAUUCUGUGGCGAGUAUACAGUUAGAUCCCGCGAGGAGUCAUAAAGAAUUGGGUCCAAGUCCAAGGACGAGUCCUAGGGGAAGCAUAGCUCCAGAUGUGCCAUUGAAAAGUAAGGAAUUGCCUGAUAUCACCAGUAGAAGUCCAAGGGGGAGCAUUGCGCCUUCGGAAAGGAGUGCGAGGGGUAGCUUGGUGACUGCUGAUAUUGAUGCCUCGAGAAUUAGUCCAAGGGGCAGUCUGACGCUAACAUUUCAAGAACCUUUGGUAUCGAGAGAAAGGCGAGCUAGUGAAGAUAGUCAAAAUGCUGGUGGUAAAGGCAGGAGCAUAUCUCCAUACCGAGCGUCAUUGAGCGGUCGCCAAAGUGGUACCGGGGUACUGUCAGACGGAGGGAGCAGGAGGGCUUCCAGCUCUGUAAGUCAGGUAUCAGGAGACGAACAGCGUCGUCUAUGCGGCGAGCAGGCGAAGUACAACGACCGGAGCGGCCUGGGUCUUGGAGUCGGCCUGACCACCUACGGCUCCGUGGCUUACCAGCUGAAGGACGCCAACAUGGAGGCGUCAGGGACGGUGGACUUCAUGUGUCGGGCCGCCAAGAUCAUGAACAGGACUAUUGUGAUGACAGUAUUUCUGGCGAUCCUGUCAACACUGCCAGUGAUUAUGUUAAUAAUGGGUGUUCAAUACAUCCGGGACUGCCCCGCCGAGCCCCGGAUCCCCGUGUACAUGGUGGUGGGGGGAGCGGCGGGCGGGGCGGGGAUCUGCUGGCUCCUGUGGGCUCAGCUGGCCAGCAGGAGUACCAACUCCUCAGCCAGCGUGCCUGAGAGGGUCCUCGCUUAUACGCUUACAGUUUUCCUUAUGGGGUGGUUCUCAUUCGGCAACUAUUGGACUCUGGGCAUCAUGUGGCCGGAUUACGCGCCGACCCUGUUCGAGCCGAAUAAAUGGUGUCACCGCACACUGUACGUCUUCGCCCUCACUCAACUUGGAGUUGUGUGGGGGGUUGUAGCUCUGCUGGUGCUGUUACUCUUGGCUUUGGUGGUCUGCCAAGUAUUCGGCUGCGGCUGGCUAGGACCGCCUCGCUACAAGUAGCAACGGCGUAGCGUCGUGCUCGAGUUGUGGCACAGGAAUAUCAACAACACUAUGGACGUGGCCGGAGUCCUCGUACCCUUCACCCAGGUCGUCAGGCCAGAACUAACUAUCCACGUGCAAGAAGUACU